UUCCACCCCGUCCCAUUCAUACCUCCGACUCUUAUUACGCGCCGCGACACCAGCGCGAUAAGGAUCUCACACGGAGAGAAGUGGAGAGACAGGUUGAUAGAGAGGGAAAGAGGGUGAAAACGAGAAAGCAAAAUAUAUUCAGACUGACAGAAGGACAGUGGGACAAGAAUAACGGGACAAACCCCGCAAAGGCAACAGAUAAUCCUAGUUUGUUUACAACCUAAGCGACAUUUUAGACUUGGAACAUUUUUAACGUAUCUGCAGUUUCUGUAUUUAAUUAGUCUGACUUAGUCUGACAGUCUUAACUUAGAAGCAGCAUCUCUGUCAGCUGGACCAUGGAGCGCACAAUCCCAGACUUCUCAGGCAACUGGAAAAUGAAAACUUCGGAAAACUUCGAGGAACUCCUCAAAGCACUCGGAGUGAACGUGAUGCUGCGUAAGAUAGCGGUGGCGGCAGCCUCCAAGCCGCAGGUGGAGAUCACGCAGGAUAAGGAGACUCUGUCCAUCAAGACCUCCACCUCCGUCAGGACCACCCACAUCACCUUCACCGUGGGACAGUCCUUCAGCGAGACCACUGUGGACGGACGCGCCUGCACGAGUUCCCCUCAUUGGGAGACUGACAGUAAAAUCACCUGUGAGCAAACCCUGGUAAAGGGGGAGGGCCCAAAGACUGGGUGGACCCGGGAGAUCACCAAUGACGGCGAGCUUAUCCUGACCAUGAGCGCUGACGACGUGGUGUGCACUCGCGUCUACGUCAGGGAGUGAACGACCUGAAGAAAAGAGGAAAAGAAAAGAAAGAAAGAAAGAAAGGAAAAGGAUCAUCCGUCUCUCCCUCUCUCCUCUUCACACUAACCCACUAUGAGACCCUCUCCAGCCAACACCUGGGGCUCGCUAGUCCUCUCUAGCAUGUAGUUAACCUCCUAGCCAGCCAGCGUGUGUGUGUGUGUGUGUGUGUGUGUGUGUUUUAGCCUGUAGUCUGUAGGAGAACGUGAGCAUGUAUUAGCCAUAAUGUGUAUGUAUCUGUGUGUGUGAGUGUGUGUGUGUGUGUGUGUGUGUGUGUGUGUGUGUGUGUGUGUUCUACUGGCUCCUUUUGUCCUGUUGUUAAAUUGUUAAAUUGUCUGUCUUUUCUCUUUCCACCAUUCACAUGGACAUUUUCUAUUUAUUUACUAAACGCUGAUACUCUGUCGAGGUUUUUACCGUGUCUUUUCUAUAGUACGUUCUUGUUCGUGCCCAUGUGACCAGAACAAUAAAGCACAUUCUGACAUC